UCGGCGGGCGCCUAAGAUGGCGGCACGGCGCUCUCUGAUGCGGUCACAGCGCGGCGCCACGCUGGGGGAAGGCCCCCCCCGGCCAUGUCGCGCCUGCUGGCGGCGGUGAGGGGCUGGCGCGGCCUUGCAGUUUGCAAGUCAUGUGUUCUCCGGAGAUUCUCCAUCCAGCCAGCCCAACAGAAGAAGAUUCCAAACCGGUAUUUGGGCCAACCCAGCCCCUUCACGCACCCACACCUACUUAAACCAGGAGAGGUAACCCCAGGAUUGUCACAGGUGGAAUAUUCUCUUCGCCGGCACAAACUGAUGACAUUGAUCCAGAAGGAAGCCCAAGGCUGGGAAGGAUUGGACCACACAGUGAUUCUGCUAUCCAACCCCAUGUACUACAUGAGCAAUGACAUCCCCUACGUCUUCCACCAGGACACGAACUUCCUGUAUCUCUGUGGGUUCCAGGAGCCUGACAGCAUCCUGGUGCUGCAGAGCCUUCCUGGCAAGGCGCUGCCCUCUCACAAGGCCAUGCUUUUUGUGCCCCGGAGGGAUCCGAGCCGAGAGCUGUGGGACGGGCCCAGGUCAGGCACAGAUGGGGCCAUCGCUCUGACAGGAGUAGAUGAAGCUUACACUAUUGAGGAGUUCGGGCACUUGGUGGCCAAGCUGAAAGGUGAAUCAAACAAGGUGUGGUAUGAUGUGACUAAACCAGUGCAUAAAGAACUGCACACUGACUAUAUGCAGCCCCUGGCUGAGAUAAAAGCUCGGAGCAAAAAUCACAUCCAAGGCAUCCGGCAUCUAGUGCAAAACCUUCGGCUGAUCAAAUCUCCUGCAGAGAUUGAAAGGAUGAAAAUAGCUGGACGAGUGACAUCAGAGGCUUUCAUAGAGACAAUGUUUGCCAGAAAAUCUCCAGUUGAUGAAGCCUUUCUGUAUGCAAAGUUUGAAUUUGAGUGCCGAGCUCGUGGUGCUGACAUCUUGGCCUACCCGCCUGUUGUUGCUGGUGGCAAUAGAUCAAACACUUUGCACUACGUGAAGAACAAUCAGCUCAUUAAGGAUGGUGAAAUGGUCUUGCUAGAUGGCGGAUGUGAGUCCUCCUGCUAUGUAAGCGACAUCACACGAACCUGGCCCAUCAAUGGAAGGUUCACCAAACCUCAAGCAGAACUGUACCAGGCUGUCUUGGACAUCCAGAAGUCCUGCCUGAGCCUCUGCUCCCCAGGUAUGAGUCUAGAAAAUAUCUACAGCCUCAUGCUGAGCCUUAUUGGACAGAAGCUGAAAGACUUGGGGAUCCUAAAGAGCAGCAUCACUGACAGCCACUUCUUUAAGGUGGCAGCACAGCCAGAUGAGAGCAACGUCUGCCGCUCAGUCCCCAGCGAAUAUGAGGAGCUGGGGGACAGAGGAGGAAUUAGCUCUUUGAUUCCUGCUGAGGGGCGCUCCUCUCUGGAGGGAGUGAUUAGGAUGGUGCAAGGGGAGGUGGCUGUUCGAAGGUACUGCCCACAUCAUGUGGGCCAUUACUUGGGCAUGGAUGUUCAUGAUACCCCAGAUAUAUCCCGGUCUGUCCCGCUCCAGCCAGGCAUGGUGAUAACCAUUGAACCAGGACUUUAUAUCCCUGAAGAUGAUGUGAGUGCCCCGGAGAGAUUUCGUGGCAUUGGUGUACGCAUUGAGGAUGAUGUUGUGAUAGCAGACGAUUCGCCUCUCAUCUUGUCUGCUGACUGUCCCAAAGAGAUCUACGAUAUCGAGCAGAUCUGUGGCCGCAGCUCAUGAUGCCCCUCCUCUGCCUCUUGCAUCCUCCUCAGGAGAUGCAUGCCUCCAGGGAUGCAGAACCCUGUAACUGGCUGCACUUGUCAAAUGAUGGAGAGUGUGGACAGUUGAUGGCUGUUUCCAAAGCUGAGGCUGGGAGGCGGAAUGCAAAAGACUCUGGCACUGAGUGCUGAAAAGCAAAGCAACCUUUUCUAUGUGUAUUUUCCUUCUGAUUUGACUAGUGCUGAUAUUGAGCUGUUGCAGAACACUGGGGUGGAUUCAUCCCUGUGUUGUGUGGGUCCGUCUGUUCUGAUGCCCUUGGAUAGAUGGACAGUAGCAGAGCUUCAGUCUGGUUCCUCUACGGAUGCAGUAGUGCAACUGCUGAGACCAGGGUCCUGUUGUUUUAUCCUUUUGCAGUAAUUACACAAUAGUCAGAAUUUAAAAGUGAAAUUCUGAAAAAUGCUGCUUUUGGAAAAUAAAAUCAUUUCAAACACCUUUGACUUUAGAACCCUGGGUGGAGAGGUUUUGGUAGUUGGGAAGAUGAGUUUGGGAGGUAGCCUGAAGCCUGCGCAGAGUGCUUUUAUUAUUUUAAGAAUAAGGAUAUCUUUGGGCUUGGUUCAAACAGAUGCAAAAUAAGCCAACAGCAGAGGAAAACAUCUCAUGUAGUCUUUCAGCUUAUUGAAACGUUUGAGUUCUGGAGGUUGUUCAUUCUUGUCUUCCACAUUCCAUUCUUUUUAUCACAGAUCACCAUUCCAGGCCCUGUUCUGAGCCUGCCACUGCCCUGUGAAGCCAGUAACAUGUUGGCUGUGCCGGGCUCCACUGGCAGGAUGCUGGUUGUCACCUGGAUGUGAGUUGAUCAGUUCUGGGACAGUCACAGCAUCCUUCUGGUUUUUGCUCUGUCAGCCACUUCAGCAGUGCAUUUGUGAAGAAAGCAGCAUGAAGAAUUGCAAGUUUUAUACCACUUAUUUGAAAUAAUUUGCCUUUUCAGAACACUGAGGGCGUGAGCACUGCUGGGUUUUAGGUUUUGCCAAAUGCCAUCAGUAAUGAAUGCUUUGUGAUAAUAUUUUUGAGGCAGCUGCAAAUGUGACUUGUGCCAAGGAUGGAUGAGGAGUAAAGAGAAGACUUCCUGUCAGCAACAGCAUAUCACCCAAACCAUUGUAAUGCCACAGUAAAUAUACCUAUUUGAGGCAAACAUGCUGUCUGUGUAUUUCCUGAAGAUAUCUUGACAGUCAACUAUUUAACAUCUGAAAAAUGUCUCUAAUAAUAUGUCUCCUGUUACAUGUUGGCUUUUUCUUUGUAUCAUCUUUAUUUUCCUUUCUAAUUGCAGCUUUAGGUAUUUUUCCUCUCCGCUGCUUUUUUAAUUCUCUUCCUCUAUUCUCUUGUCUUGAUGCACCAUAAUAUCAUAAUUUCCUAACGCCCGCUUUUCUUCUUAGUCAUUGCCUCUUCCUAUUUGUUCCCAUUUAAAUCCCCACAGUAGAUGUAAGCAAUGGUAGUCAGAGUUCCUGAGUUUGACUUCUGGCUCUGUUGCUGUGUAACCUAGAGCAAUUUCUUUUUAAUCUCCCUUUUUUAUUUUUCUUUGUUUCAUUUGACUUAAUGAAGGCCAGGCAGUGUCAUGCAUAUCCCACUGUUUUUAAUGGAAGCAGAGUGCAGCCACCAAGGUGUUAAUCUGGCAGCCAAGACAUACUGUAAUUUUGUUUUUUAAAUAUGAUCAAAAAUGAGUGCUUUCACAAGGUUUAAUGUAUCAAGCUUCACCUAGAAGAGAAAAUCUACUAAUCUCUGAUGGAAGUUAUGGUUAGAUAUUUGUGCCUCACAGUGUAAACUGUUAGAAGGGAGGCUUGUCAAGUGUGGUUGCAAAGAACUGAUCGUUACUUUUGAUGUCCUUCCAGUCUAACCCAUUUUUCUUCCAUUUGCACCUGUUAGAGCCAUACCAACUGGGAAAUAUCUUGGAUUUUGGAGCUAUGUAAGUAGCUGAAAAUACAUGUGUCUGCUGAUGACCACAUCUGCACAUGUGCUUAGUUGCAGAGUUAGUGGUUAGAUGUACUGUAAAUAAGCCUUUGGAAUACAUAUUAAAAAGUGAUUUUAAAAAUAA